AUCACUUGCAGCCACUCAACUCAAUAACCCACACGAUUGCUUGCUGUAAGUCGCGGUACCACCUGGUGUAUCCGUGGCUCCUUUCUCCGCAAGUUAAAAGUAAAGGAACAUCGCUGGGUGUCCUCCGGGACAACCUAGCUCAUCAAAGUGGCUUCGGAUCAGGCAAUCUUGGCAUCUUCGGCCAACUCUCGGAAGCCGUCACCGAAUCGAACGAUUAUCUUGCCUCGCAAGGAGUCUCACCGACCUUCUUAUAUUCAACCUUAGCUGGUACCGCCGCCGCUUUCGCCGUACCCCUCACCAUGAUGUCCCGAUGGAAUCGCUGGAUGGGCUCCAGCCGAGAAGCCCUCUCACCUUAUGCCUCUCAGACGGACGCACCUCACGUCACCGAUGACGACUUUAGCUAUAUCACCUCCGAAGAUCUUGAAGAACAUACCCUACCAUCUCCUUCCCGAGCCUACGAUCCACAGAGUCGACGACCCCCGCCCAGACCUAGCAUGGAUGAUGAUGUGAUAUUGAUCGUCAGCAAUGGUGUUUAUUAUCCUGUACAUUUCCCGGCUUAUUCAAUUGGGGACGGCAAACUACUUGUCAGCGACGUGCGGGAUCGUGCGGGGUUAAUCAUGGAUAUCAGUGAACGCCGGGCCCGUCGCAUGAAGAUGGUAUACAAGGGUCGCCGCCUCGAUGAACUGGACAUUCCCAUCCGAGAUUACGGCGUCAAGAAUAACAGCGAAUUACUUGUAACAGUACCCGAGGGGAAGAUAAGCGACGAGGACGAAGAGAGCGGUAGUGAGGAAGUCGUUGUCACUGAAGACCAGAAGUCCAAGAAGAACAAGAACAAGAAUAAGAACCGAAAGAAGAAGAAGGAGCGUAUCAGCCCUCGUGAGAGCACUGCAAACCUGGAAGUACCCAGCCAGCGCGACCGGCAGGGAAGAAAACAGUCUCCAGAUCCGUCCAUCCACCCAUCUAGAGUACCAUCUCCCGCAGUGCCCUCAGGUCCUGUGGAAAAGCUAGAUGCCAUUCGAUCUCAUUUUGACACGAACCUCCGCCCGCUUUGCCAAGAAUUCAUCAAGAACCCUCCGAGGGAUAAGAAGAAGUUGGAAGAUGAGCAUCGAAAGUUGAGUGAGACUGUAAUGCAACAUGUGCUGUUAAAAUUAGAUGAGGUGGAUACAGGAGGUGAGAAGGAAAUUAGAGCAAAACGAAAGGAGCUGGUAAAUUACGUUCAAGGCUUCCUGGGAGACAUUGACGAGAGGCUACCUCCUUCGAUCCGACCCAAAGGACGAUAGUUUGUACGAGCAUCGCCAGGAUAGUUACUUGUUGAUUCUGGCCCUGAGAUUA